AUGCCAAUAACCUGGGCAUUAAAUAAUGUGGGAAAAUAUCCUCAUGGAGGACAAGAAAAAAAUAAUAAAUAUAUUUUGAAUAAUAUUUUCAACGAAAAAACGUCCAAAUAUUUAUCCUUUCCACAUUAUAAAAGAAUAAAAUUCAUUUAUUUAACAAAUGAAAAAAUAAAACAAAUAAAAUCGAAGAAAUAUAAAAAUUGCACACUAACUGAGUCUAUCCACAGUGGAAAAUUCAAAAAUAAUUGUUUUGUAAAAAUUAAAAAAACAAAUAAUGAUGUAUUUAAAAAAAUAUAUGUAUUAAAUAAUUUGGCUUAUAAAAGUGUUUUAAAAAAAUAUAAAACCAAAAAACGAGAAAAGAAUAGAAUAAAAAUCAGUACAAAAAGGAAACUAAAACAUGUAGGUAAUUCAAGGAUAAAUAGGAUAGUAAAAAAACAAAAAAACAACAACAAUUCCAGCAAUAAUAUUAAAAUUUCACAUAAAAAAGUAAAUUAUAUAAACAUGUUUUGUCAAAUUAACAAAGACACCAAAAACGCCUUUAAGCCUAAUGGCAUUAAUAAUAAGGAUGAUCGUAUCCAGAGGAAUGAAAAAAAAAACGCUAUAUAUACAUUCUAUAUAAAUGCUAAAAAACGUAUGCAAAUAAAAAAUACGGAAACAAACUCAGAAUUGUUAUGUAAUAAAAAUAGUAAGGAUAUAAAUGAUACCAAAGGAAAAAGUGUUAUAGACUUAACUAAUUCCAGUGUACAUGAGGAGAGUCAAAGCAAUUUCAGCGCUCUUCCCCAGGAAGUUAAUAGCACAAAGAAUGUGAGCUUCCGUCAGAAUGAUGGAAAUCGUCAAAGCGAUGAUAAUCAUAAUGAAAUGAAUAAAAACAUCAAUAAUAUAAAAAGUGAUGAUAAUGAUAAAGGGGGAAACUAUGGAAAUACACCUAAUAAUGAUAAAAUAGGCAACACCAACAAUGAAGGAAACCAUAAUGGAAGUAACAAUAAUAGCGGUUGGGGAAAUAACAACGAUCGAAAUAAUAGCAACGGUGAUGAUAACAAUAAGGAUAGUGAUAAUGAAAAAGACAGUCAUGAUAAUGACAAGGAAAAUGAGAAUGAAAGUAGUGAAGAAGAAACUGAUAAAAUAAAAAAAGGGAAACCUGCAAGUGUUAGAUCAAAUAGUACUAUGUAUUCGAGCGUAAAAAGUGAAAAUUCGAAAAGCAAUUAUGGCAAAAAAAAAAUAAUAAAAUCGUCAUCAGCAUCAUAUGAAAAUGAUUCUAUAAUAUUUAAUUCAUUUUAUGAUGAGAUGUCCUGUUUUUAUCCAAAUAAUUCAAAUAGCUUUAUUUGUAGUAGUAGUGAUACGGAUAAUAAGGAAAAAUACGAAAAAAUUGGUUCAUACAAAAAGGGAAAAGAAGGAAAAAAAUGGAAAGGAGUCGAGGAAAAUAUGGAAGGUGAAGCAGAAGAUGAAGAUAUCCAUAGGUUCAAUUAUAUAGAAAAGAUUCCAAAUAAUGACAGGGUAUUAUACACUGAUGAUAUUAACAAUAAUAUUGAUGCAAAAUCAGAGGAUAAAAUAGAAGGAGGAAUAGAUAGGCAGAAGAUGGCCUAUUUUACAAGACGAAAGAAAGAAUAUGAAAAUAGGAAAAGAAUUGCUGAAAAAAUAAGAAAAAGGAUAAGAAAUGAGCAAGAAAUAGAAACUAAGUUGAGAGAUAACAAUAUUGAUACUAAGGAUAAAUAUAUAGGGAAGGAUACCAAUAUAGGAAAAACAGUUAAGAAAAAAAUACACACUGACGAAAUUCAUCCAAAAUGGUGUUUCCCGAAAUGUAGAAGAAACCCUUUAGAAAAAUAUCAUCGGAUUAAAGAAAAAAAAGAUAAUUUAAAUUUAAAUAAUAAAAUUGAUAUAUCAGAAAAAAGAAAUGAAAAUAUUUUUUCAUAUAGUGAAUAUAAUAUUCUUUUACUUAAAAAAACACGUGAAAAUAAGAAUGAUAAUCCGAGUAAAAAUGAUAUAAUUUACCAUAUAAAUACAAUUACGAAUGUUAAUAAAAAAAUGAAAGUUGUGAUUAUUGGUGGUGGUAUAUCUGGUUUAUCUGCUGCAUAUAUAUUACAGAAUAAUAAUAUAGACAUAGUUAUAUAUGAAGCACGAAAUAGAUUAGGUGGUAAAUAUUUAUAUUCCCCCAAAAGUUAUAAAAAAUCCUUUUUAGGUGAAGUUGAUUUUUAUGUCAAUAGGAACAACCCUUUAAUAAACUUUUGUUUAAAAAAAAAUAUUUAUAAUAAUAAUAUAAAUAGCCAUUUAUACAAGCAUUAUAUAUAUUAUAAUAAUAAAAAAAUAUAUACAUACAAAAUGAGAAGUGAAUUUUUUAAACUUAUAAAAAAAUUGAGAAGUUUUUAUGAACAUAUAUCUAAUACUAAAUAUUUUAAUGAUCCAGUUAUAAAAAAACAAUUUUUAUAUGCAUCUUUUGGAGAAGUUAUAAAUUCAGAAAUUAAUAAAAUAAAAGAACAAAAACAUCAAAUAAAACAAAAAAAAUAUUUUAAAACAUAUAUAUAUGUAAAAUUAUAUAUGUCACUAAUAGAAUCUGUUUGUGGAAUUAAAAUACACUCAUUAUCGAUACAGUAUAUAUUCCACAAUUUACAUUAUUUAGAUAUUUUUAAAAAUAUAUGUUGCACAUUUGAAUUGUCAAAAAUAAUUAAAAAAUUGAAAAAAAAUGUUAAAAUUAAAAAAAAUAAAAUUGUCAAUAAAAUAUAUUCUUACAACGACCAUAUUAAAUUAAGUUUUGAAAAUUAUGUCGAUACCAGAUUAUAUGACUAUUGUAUUGUUACAGUUCCUAUAGGAGUUUUGAAGGAUAGUAUAAAAUUUUAUGAUAGAGAAGGAGGACAAAAAAAAGAAUUCAAAAACAAGAAGAAAGACAAUAGUAAAAAAGUCGAUUUAGACAACUGUAAAAAAAGACAUAUGAAAAUUAAAGAUCAAAAGAAUAAUAUUACUUAUGGUGAAGAUGAGACAAAAAAUUCGAUUAAAAAUAAUAAUAUAAAAGAAGUUGACGAAGUGGAUGGAAAAAGAAAAAAGAAGCAUGAAAUUGCUACUACAACAUCAUGUCAUGAUGCCAAGAAAAAUAGCAAGGGUUCUGUUUCUGAUUAUCAUGAUGCUGAUGAUGUUUCAAAUAUGAAAAAUAGAAGAAUAAAAUGUAAAGAUUUACCCAAUACAAAAAAAGAAACUUCUGAAAAUCAUGGAAAUAUGCCAUUUAUUAAUUCGGAAAAAGAAAAGGGUGCUAUAAAUAAAGAGGCAUAUUACCAAACAAAUGAAAGUAGUGAUAAUUUGCAAAGUAUGACUGAUGACUUUAUAAGAAAUAUCGACCUAACGACAAACGAAAAUAAAAGUGUUAAUAAUUUAUUCAGCUCAAUUAGUGCCAGUUUAUAUACAUCACCAGGAAAAAAUAUAUCAUCCACAAAUAAUAAUGGGUAUAGUGGAAAUAAUGAGAAUGAUGAAAAUAUAUUUAGUAGUGAAAACGAAUUUAAUAAUAAUAGAAAUAAUGAUACGAAUUGUUCAGUAAGCACAAAAAGCAAUCCAAAUGUAAACAUAUCAAAUAACUACAUUUUCAAUAAUAAUAUGAUCGGCAAUGUAAACAAAAAUGAGAUUAUGGAAAAUAAAGUUAGCAAAGAAUGUCUAAAAAAACAGAAAAGUGCCGAAAUCAAUACACAUUUUAAUUACAAAAAUAAGAAUGAAAAAGGGAAUAAGAAUAGUAGUCAUAAUAUUGGGGGAAUGGUAGAAGCAAAUAAUAUAAUCGAGUCAUUUGAAAAGGAAAAUAGGUAUGACCAAUUUGGUAAUAAAAUAAAUACAGAGAAAAUGUCUUUCAAUACAAACAACAAAUAUAUGCCCAAUGAUAAUAAUAAUCAUAAUAAAUAUUAUAGUGACAAAAAUAACAAUGCAGAAGAAAACGUAAACAAUAAGGUUGGGUUUUCUUCAAAUAAUUCCAAAAUAAAGAAGCAAAUAUAUAAUGUAAAAGUUAAUGAUGUUAGUACCAACACUAAUGAUUGUAAUGGCCGAGAGGAUAAAAAAUCCAAGAAGGAGAAUGAGGAUAAAGAUAAAAAUAAAGCAAGGAAAAAAUUAAAGAAAAAGGGAAAUAUCAUGAAAAGCGCAUCGAAAGAAAAUAAUCAUAGUGGGCUAAUAGAAUUCAUUCCUAAAUUACCUGAUUGGAAAAUUAAUAGUAUAAAAAGAUUGGGUGUUUCAACAAAUAAUAAAAUUAUUAUUACCCUUAAGAAAAAAAUUGUAAAAAGUGAUCAUAAUGUUACUAUUUACUUUAACCAAGACAAAAAAUGUAGCAAUACAUAUACUACGAAAAACGUGGUCGAACAAAAUGUAUUAAGAAACGAUGCAAAUGUGAAUUUAUUUACUAAUGACGAUAAUGAAAAGUCUAAUAUUCCUGAAUUAUAUGCACAAAAUGAUAAAGACCAUGCCCCCUACUUUUUUGACCCGAGUUCUUUUCUCACUGAUCAGAAAAUACUUGAUCAGCCAAUAAUACAAGAAAUUGACAAAAAAAAUACGGAUAAUUUAAAAUCUACGAAAACAGAAGAUUGCAUACACUGUUUAAAUGAAUUAUUUUCAUUUAAUAAUAGUAAUGAAAAGGAGCAAGAUAAUUUAUCUCCAUGUUUGAAGAAUAUAGAAUCUAAGACAACUGAAUCAAAUGUGUAUUCAUUUGAUCAGUUAAUGAGCACAGAUAAUACAAACAAUAAUAAUGAAAUAAAGGAUGAGCUACAAGAAUGGAACAAAUCUAUACAAUCCAAAACUGUGAAAGAAAAAUCGAAUGAAAUAGAUAACAUAAUUCAAUCUCAAUAUAAUGGCAUAAAUAUAGUUAAUAACCAAAGAAAUGCUCCUAAAGAAAGCAGUUUAAUAAAAUAUUUAAAACAAGAACAUUUGUUAGAUGAUAAUGAGAAAGAACAUAAAAUGUAUUAUACUAAUGAAGUGGGUUUGAAUAAAUAUAGUCAUAUAAUUUUUUAUAGUGCAGAACCUAUAAUAGCAUUAUAUUUUAAAAGUAAAUAUAGUAAAGAAAUAAAUAAAAUAAAAAAAAAAGACACAAAGAAAAAAAAAGUUAUUAAUGAUUGUGCAUAUUUUUUAAAAAAUAUGUUACCUCAAAUAAAAAUUGAAAAAAUAUAUUUUUAUGAUUGGACAAAUAAUAAAUUUUCAAGAGGAUUAAAUUCAUAUUUUAAAAAAAAAAGUUUAAUAAUAGAUAAAGAUAUUAUAUCCUUUCCAGUGAAUAGAUUACUCUUUGCUGGUGAGCAUACACAUAGUAAUGGUUGUAAUGCAAUAGUUGAUUCUUAUCUAAGUGGUAAAAGGGAAGCUUAUCGUAUAAUUGAAAAAGUAAACAAAACGAUAUAUAUGGAUAAGUUGACAAAAUGUUUUUAUACUAAAGAAGAGAAUUAUUCUAAUUUUAAAAAAUUUAUAGAUGAUGAUAAUUUUGUUGAUCCUAAGAUAGUUAGUCCCCAUUCGGGUCAGCUGAAUGUGUCUACUUCGAUGGAAAAUAAAGGAACUUUAUCACAAAUGACUAAUUCGAUAAAUACUCAAUUAUUAUUUCCAUCUAUAAACACUCCAUUAACUGCUACCUCUUUAGCAAUUCCUUCAGUAGGAUCAGUCGUAACAUCUCCAACUGAAAAAUCAUUAGUAUCAAAAGUAGCGCCUUUUCAAUUAAUUUUAGAUUGUGAAGAGAUGGUAAAUUAUAAAGAAAUUGUGGUUAGGAAUAUAAAUACAAAUUUAUUUAUGUAUUUAUAUGAUGAUGAAGUUAUAGGACUAACCGAUAAUGAAUACGAUAGUUGGUAUGAGAACAUUCGAUGUAUAUUUUGUAAUCAACUUCAAACAAUAAAUAACUAUUUUAUAGGAAUAAUAAGAUUAAAACAUAUAAGUGGGAAGUAUUUAAAAUAUACAUGUCAUAAAGGUUGUUUAUAUUAUAAUAAUUAUAUAUUUAAUCAUGCAUAUGGUAAUAGAUAUUUUAAUAUAAGUGUAAUGUUUAAUUAUUUAUUUCAAAAAAACUGUUCUGUAUGUUUAAUGAAUUUUCCAUCAAUGAAAUGUAGUAUAUAUAAUUGCAAAAAUUAUGUUCAUUUAAAAUGUGCCAAUAAUUAUUUAUCAUGGCCAAAUUUAGGAAAAACGAGUAGACAUGAAUCUUUAUAUUGCUACAAGCAUCAGUACAUGCAUGGAAUAUAUCACAAUUAUUAUGAGCAUGAGCCCGAAUAUUAUGACAACUAUAGCAUGCUUGAUGGUGAAGAAAGGAUGCUUAAAAUUAAAAAACGAAGAAGAAAUAUAAAAAAACAAUUACAAAAAAUUAAACAAAUGAAAGAAAUGAAAGGAAUUAUUCAAAUUAAAGGAGUUAAAUAUAUAGGUGAAACUGCAAAUCAUUUCAAUAAAUUAUGUCUAUUCAAUCAUAUUAGUGAUGCAAAUAAUAUUAGAGAUCCAAAAAAUAUUAACGGAAUGGGCAACGAAUUAAAUUACAUGAAUAAUGAUAAUCAUUAUAUGAAUGAACUAGAAUGUAUGAAUGAAGAUAAUCGCAUGUACCAAUUAUAUCACAUUAACAAAAAUCCAUCUUACUCUUUGAAUAAGAUAGGAAAGCCAUUUAGAAGAGACUGGAAUAUAAAAAAAGAAAAUCCAAAGCUAUACGAGCGAUAUCUCAAUGAAGAGAGGAGGAAAGAACAGAUACUAUUAAAUCAGAGAAGAUAUGCAAACGAAAAGAACAUUAUAAAUAUUGAUCAAUUGAGUGAGGAUAUCAAUGAAGAGGAUGAAAACUAUCCUAAUGAUGUAAUAUACUUUAGAAAAUAUGGGAAUAUGAAAAAAGGAAUAAAGGGAAAAAAUUUAUGUAAUUUAUUUCAUAAUGGUAUUAUGCAAGGUAAUUGUGAAAAUUCGUUGAAGUGGCGAUAUUAUGAGAACGAUGAAAAUUUUCCAGAUUAUGGCAACUGGGAAAACCAUAACAUAUAUAACGAAAAUUAUGAUGGAGACAAAUUUUCAAGAUUGUGUUUAAAAGAUGAGAGACAACUAAAAAGAUUUCGUAGUAGCAGUGUUAGUAGCACUACAGAUACUAUUAGCAGUAGUAGUAGUAACUAUAUGGGUACUAUAAAGAUAGGACAACUAACUGAUAAUAUACAUGCUAAUAUAAGUAAAUUUUUAAAAUAUUAUCAAAAUAAGAACAAUUCUAAUAAUAGUAGCAAUAGUAGUAAUUUCUAUAGUGAUUUAUCGUCUAUAUUAAAAAGUGAAAAUUAUGUAAAUAAUAAUUUAAUAAAAUAUAUAUUAAAAAAAUAUAAAGGCAUUUUUCCUUCCAUGGAUACACAGUAUAGUAUGAUGUAUAAUAAUUAUCAGCAUGAAAACGGGGCUAACAAAAAGGUAGACAAGACAUUAUUGGGAUAUAGCGAUUUUAAUAAAGAUAUAUAUAGAUUAAAUCAAGAGAAAUUGAUGAAUCAUUAUUAUUUAUUUGAUGAAAAUAGUGAUAACCGUGGUAAUAGUAAUAACAACAUGUAUGCUAACACGAAUGAGGGUUUCGCAAAAGAAAGAAAUAAUGGCUAUGCUGGAAUAUGUUCACCAUAUCAAUAUUAUGGAAAUAAUGUGAUAGGAUAUGAUGAUAAUAUAUUUAUUAAUGACGUUAAGAAAGAUUAUGAUUACAUUAUGAAUAAAGGUAUCCUAUCUCCUAACGAUAGUAAGUUUAUUGGAUAUCCAUCAGAGGGUAAAAACUCGAGAAUAUGGAAAAAUGAUAAUUAUUUAAAUGAUCGUUAUGGAGUUAGAAGAAAUUAUAGCAACUAUUAUGAUGGCGAUUUUUAUGAUAAUUAUUAUGAUCAUAAUUACAAAAGGAUUCAAUCGUUUGAUCCUUGUUAUUAUCAAAAAUUGAAAGAUGCUAAAAAUGCAUAUAAAAAAAAAGACAUGAUUAAGGGAGACAAAAUGAGUGGUAAUAUUAAUAGCUAUGAAGAUAAACAAAAUAAUAAUAACCAAUUUAGAAAUGAAAAAAAAGAAGAUUUUGUAUAUUAUUAUAACAGAAAUAAACAGAUGAAUGGGGUAGAGAAUUAUGUAAAUAGUAUAGGAGGAUAUGAAAAUAACAUUUAUAAUGGUCAUAAAUAUUAUCCAUCGGAUCAUGAAAUUUAUAAAAUUGGAAAAGAUUUUAAAGAAAGUAACAAAAAUAAAAGAAUCAAAGAAUAUAAUGAUAGAGAAAAUGGUUUGAGAUAUGGUUAUGAGUAUGAUAAUAUCAAACCAAAUAAUAUUCGAAGUGAUGAAAAUAUAAAACUAAGUCAAACAGAUAAAAUAGAAUAUAAUAAUAAAAAUAUAAAUGGUGUAGAUAAACAAAAUGGAAUACGAAUGAGAAGACGAAUAAGAAGUGAUUCAAAGAUUGACAUCAAUCAUAACAGAAAUGAUAUUGGGCUUGGUGAUGGAAAAAAUAAUAUUGGACAGGGAAAUAAUUACUUAUCUUAUCGACCUGAUAUCAAUGAGGAUAUAUUAAAAGAAUAUUUCAACAAAUGUGAUCAAUGCAAUUCUGGAGAUCUUAACAAGGAACACAUAAUCUAUAAAUUAAUAUAUAAUUAUUACAACAACAUCAAAAAAAUGAAACCAAACUUGAUAAGUAAUAAUGAUCCAUAUAAUCAAAAGAAACAAACAACAAAUUCGACAAACCAUCUAAUAAAUGGAGCUCAAAAUAAAUAUAUAGUUGGUGAUUAUGAAAAAAAUAAAAUAGGGGACAACCAAUUUGAUAAAAAUGAUAUGAACAAAAUAAAUAAUGUUAUUAAUAGUGGUCAACCAUAUUUACUGAAUGACAAAAUGUAUGAAGCUUCUCGUAAAUAUAUCAAUUAUAGAAACAACAAAGGUUUGAAUAUAGGUAAAACACUUGACGGUGUAAAUAUUAACAUGCAUAAUACUGCUCCCAUACGAUCACAAGAAUAUUCUGAAGGACAUUUGGGAGAGCCUCACAUGAAGCCAAUCGACAAUAAUCUUAUGGAACCAUGUUUAGAUAAAAAUCGUAUGAACGAAAUAGGUGGUAGUUCCUCUCGAAAUAUUAAAAAGAAAAACGACGUGAAUACCAUAAUAAAUACAUUGAACGAUUUUCCAGAUAUUCCAUUAUCUUAUAAAGAAGAAAUACUCAAUUCACUUUGCAAACGAAGAAAACAUGUGGGAGAGGAUGGAACUAACGGUUUAAGUGGUGGAGGACUAAUUAGUGGAAGUGCAGCGGAUAGUACAGUUUCUGACCCAGUAAGUAAUGAAGAACCAAAUGGGAAUUUGUAUAAAACGCUAUACGGGAAAGAUGUAGAAAAAAAUCAAGGAACUAUGAUGAACAAACAAAAGAUUUGUCAAUUAUUAAGAGCUAUUGAUUUAAAAAAAAAAGAUGUAGUUGAUUAUAGAAAAUUAGAACUAUUAUAUAAAGUGUACCUUGAAAAUAACAACGCGAAUUUGGGCAAUAAUAAUAAUAGUGGAAAUAAUGCAAACCAGCAAGGAAUUCAAAAUAAAUUGUUAGAGAAUUAUUAUCAAGGGCUUAGUGGGAAUUUGCAACAAAAUGAAUCCAAUACCGAAUUUGAAAAAAGACGAAGAAAAAAACAAAUGACUAAGGAAGGAAAGGAAAAUAUAAAUACCAUAAACUAUAAUGAUAAUGAAAACUUAAAUAUGUAUAAACAAAGAGAAGCGGAAGCAAAUGACAUUAAUCGAUCUAAUCAACUUUUAAUAGCAUCCUAUGUUAAAAAUACGGGUAUGAACAUGGGAAUAAUUAAGGGAAAAGAAAAAGGGCAUGAAGAUGGAACUGAAAAUCGUAAUCCUGAUGAAUUUUUUCAUAUUGCAAAGGGAAAACCUAGUUGUAGAAUCAAACAAGAAACAAAAGGAAAGGCAAAUGAAUAUUUCAAAAACAAUAGUGAUGAACGUAAUGGAGAUUAUACUAAUUCCCAUAUCCUUUAUGGCAAUUUAAUUAAAAAUAACAAACUUGGAAAUGUGUUAAAUAUGCAAAUGGAAAAACUUACAUCCGAUAUUCAAAAUGAUCAGAAAAUGCGAAUAAGUGAUAAUGAUGAAAUAAAAAAUAUGAAAAAUUAUAUUUUAGAGAAUAAUCUAAAUAAAAAUAAAUUUGUGAAUAAAGAACGAAUUUGCUCUCAAGAGAAUAUAUCAAAUGUCUUUAAUCCGAACUUUUCCGAAAAUGAAAAAGGGCUUGGGAAUGUUCCAAUUGAACAAACAGAUCAAGCUAGCCAAAAUGAUAAAAAAAAAAAAAAAAAAAAUGCGAAUGUAAAAAGCGAAAUAUCACAAAAUAUAUAUCCCACAAGUAAACCAUAUGUACAUGAUAAUAAUAAAAAAAAUAAAGUAAUGAAUGAUAAAUCAUUAAAAGGAUUAGAAAUGUUAGACAACAUGAUUUAUUAUAUGAGAAUGAAUGAACUAAAAAAUUUAAAUAAUUCAAAAUUGUUUAACGACCUUAAUAUAAAAGAUAAACAAAAUUUUUUUUCCAUAAUUUUGAAUAUGAAAAAUAAACACAUGACUAGCGAUGCUAUUGAUAUAAAUCAAAAAGGCUAUGAAACCAAAUAUGAUAAUAUGUUUUCAAUGGACCCUUCUACAAAUAAUAAUGAAAAAAAAAAAAUUCAAAAAAAAAAGAAAGACAAACCAUACACUAGUAAAAAUAUGAAUAUCCCUGACUAUGUAAAUAAUAUGUGGAAAGAAAAUAAUUACGAUGAUUUCAAUUAUGACUAUAAAACUAUUCCUCAUUCUAAAAAUAUUUCUGAGAUGAUUGAUAUGAGAGAGGAUGUUCGUAAUAAGGUUCACGAUUAUCCCUUCAAUGAAUUCGAUCAUAAGACAUACAAUGGUAAUUAUACAAAUAAUAUGCACAGUGAUAAGAAAGAAAGGAAUAAUAAUGCGACAGAUUAUACCCAACUUGAUCAGAUAAAUACUAAUGAAGAUUUAAUAAACCCUUCCAAUAUAUUAGACAUUAAAUAUAAUUUACGAAAAAAAAAAAUAAAUAAAAAUUCUUCGUCAUAUGGAAAAGAACAAGCAUAUAACAAAAAUGAAGAAUCGAUAAUGGAUUUAAAUUUAAAUGGUGAUAAUUCGGGUUUUUCCUCUAACCUUUUAUUAAAACCGGAACAAAAAAAAGGGGAAGUUUAUAAUAAUAGUAAUAACAUAGGAAUGGCAGAAAAGAUGGAAAUAAUGCAAAAGCAUAAUUUAUUACCUCUUGAUUAUUUAGGAAUGCGAAAGAGACAAAGAAUUAAAAAAAAAGACGCAGUACAAAGAAAUUUUAAAAUUAGGCCUAUCCCUAUAAACCAAAUGGAUGAACAACUAAACAGUGAAAGUAAUGGAGAAGUGAGUGAUAACAUAGGUGUGACUACCACUAGCAAAUAUUCCAUUCCUUCUAUUAGUAACAAAAAUAAUUAUUACAACGUUAAUAAUUUGAAUUAUAAAGAAUAUAAUAAUUCACAAUUGAUGGAUUUAAAUUUAGAGGACCAAGUAAAAUUAACAGACAAUAUUUACAAAAAAUAUAAAAAAAAUGUCACUUUAAGUGAUACAGAUGAAGAUGUUCAAAAUAAUUUAAAUCAAUUUAAAAAAAAGAAAAAGAAAAAGGAUAUAUAUGAAUUGAUAGGAGAUAAAUAUGAUCCUAAUUUGAAAUUAGGGUUUCAAAAUCGUGGAAUGGCAAUAAGAUAUCCAUAUAAUGACAAUGAGUUUGAAGGGAAUAUGUUGACUCGACAUCAUUCAUUGCUAUUACCUGAAGAAGAUGAAGGGGAAAGUAAUAGUGACGAGAUUUGUACUAAAUCCGAUCGAUCUAAUUUUAGUGCUCCUACAAAUUUUGUAAAAAAUAAAGUAGGAGUAAAUAAAGAAUUGUCUAACCUUAAAGAGUUUAUCAAUAUGAAUAAAAAAAAGAAUAUGGAAUUAGAGCAAUUAUUAAAAUUGUUACGUAAAAAUAAAAAUUUAUUGAGUGAAGAAGAUGAUGUAAAAAAUGUUGAAAAUAAUUAUAUCGAUUUUCCCAAAAAAAAAAAAAAAAAAAUAACAGAAUCACAAGUAGCUAAUUCGGGUGAUAUUAUGCAUUACAUUAGUGAUGAUGAUAAUGAUGAAAAAAAAAUCGAAAAAAAAAAAAAAAAAUUGGAAUACAAUUCAAGAAUAAAACAAGCAAAUUAUUUAGACCUUUUACAGGAUUAUGUUGAAGCAGAAGAUUCCAAUAGUGUGAAACAUAAAAGUAGUAUAUACAAUAAUGAAAAUAGCAAACAAAACGGUAUAAAUAGAAAUAUAUAUAAUAAAAAAGUUAAUUAUAAUGUGGAUAACCUUGAAGAAAGAAUACAUAAAAAUGAUAUAGACAAUCAUGAUAUGAAAAAUAAUUAUAUGAAGCAUAUGUUACGUGAUUAUUUGAAAGGAUAUGCAAGUACAUUUAAAAAUGGCGGAUUACAUGAUGAAAAAAAAGACGUUCCAUUAAAAAAAAAACAACCAUAG